AUUAUUUAACAUAUGCGAAAUUAAUUGACAUAUUAUUAAAAUUUAAUUUGAUAGCUUUUCAAAAAAUACCAUAACAAAUUCCAAGGUCUUGUAUUAAAGUCACAGUUUUAUUUUGAAAUAUAAAGUUGAUAUGAAGAUAAGUGAUGUCCAUAACCGUAUACGGCAUGACCAACUAAAUCCGAGUGAUAAAUCAUUUUCUUUGUCUGUAGAAGCUAUUUUAGUCUCUAUGAAUUUGGGUUCUACUGGGUGUGCUGCAUUUUUAAAAGUUUAUCAAAAGAAAUGGAAGGAUGCAAACCGAGGAAACAUAAAGUUUGAGAGUAAAAAUAAAAAUUGGUUGACUCAGGACUUUAAAUCUACAUACAGUAAUAAUAUAUCUAAGCCUGAUAAUUCUAGUCAAUUACAUAAGAUUGGUGGAAGACCAAGUUGUUCCUUUAAAGAUGCUUCUGACAAAACCAAAAGGAGAAGACUUAAUGAUAUUAUAAAUAAUUUUUCUAGUGAUGAGUUACUCCACUCAGCAAGGCUUAAAUUAAGAAAUGAGUAUAAUUAUGAGGCUGCCAAGCAAGUUGCUGAGAUAUCAGAACCUUCUAGUCAAUUUAAAAAGUAUACACCUGAUGAAGGUCUGGCAUUAAUUAUAGAUGGUGGCAUGUCAAAAUCAACCUACCAACUUAUGAGAAAUGGAGCUGAAGAACGUGAAUGCCAUAUAUAUCCUUCAUACAACAACAUAAGAUUGUCCAAAGCUAAGUGCUAUCCAGAGAACAUCUUUGAUCUUUGUUGAUGAUUAUUCAGCACAUGUACCACUACAAGAAUUAUUAAAACAUACAGUGAAAAGACUUUGUGAGGUGCAAGCUCCUGUGAUCAGCACAAUGCUAGAUGGUUUGACCCGGUUGACUUUGCGUUGCAAGGCUGGGUUUGAUGGGGCUACUGGGCAAAGCAUGUACAAGCAAAUUAGUAGUGAGGAAGCUGGAGAUUGUAACUUAAAAAAAGAAGAAUCUCUGUUCAUUACCUGCUUAGCACCACUAGAACUCAGUGGGUUCUGUAAUAACAAAAAAGUACUAUUAUGGCGAAAUGAAAAGCCAUCAUCUACUGCAUAUUGUCGUCCAAUAAGAUUUUCUUUUCAAAAUGAAAGCAAAGCAGUUGUUAUAGAAGAAGCAAAAUAUUUAGAAUCUGAAAUCAAAAAAUGUGGUGUUUUUAAUUUUACUUUUAAUGGAAAGGAACUGGUUGUCAAAAGUAUUAUUGAACUGACCAUGAUUGAUGGCAAAAUUCAAACUAUUCUGUCUCAUGUGACUCAAUGUUGCUCUGUGUGUGGCGUGUCUCCAAAAAACAUGAAUAACUUGGAAAUGGUGCUGAAAUUGGACAAUUCUAAUAAUUUAGAAUUGAAAUAUGGUUUUUCUAGCCUGUAUGCCUGGAUUAGGUUUUUUGAGAUGGUAUUGCAUAUUGGAUAUAAACUAGAAACUCAAAAGUGGCAGUCUAGAGCUAUAGAAGAUAAGGAAAAUGUUAUGCAAGUGAAGA